CCCAAACCGUGUUUGUCUCCAAAUUUGUGGGGCCACAAACAAACCAAACUCCACAUUGAUUAAUAGAAAAUUACCCACUUUCCCCUCCUUCCUUCCUUUGUUUGCUCUUCCUUCGCUGAAGGUUUUGCAAACAUGAACUCGAAAGCCUCUGUCUCUAAGGAGCUCCAUGCCAAACACACCAAGAUCUUGGAGGGACUUCUUAAACUACCUGAUAAUCGGGAAUGUGCAGACUGCAGGACAAAGGCACCACGAUGGGCAAGUGUGAACUUAGGAAUAUUCAUUUGCAUGCAGUGUUCAGGAAUUCACCGAAGUCUUGGAGUUCAUAUAUCAAAGGUGCGGUCCACAACUUUGGAUACAUGGUUACCAGAUCAAGUUUCUUUUAUGCAAUUCAUGGGUAAUGUCAAGUCAAACAUGCACUGGGAGGCUGAACUGCCACCAAAUUUUGACAGAAAUGGAUAUGGAAUCGAGAAGUUUAUUCGUGCCAAGUAUAUAGAGAAAAGAUGGGCUUCAAAAGGUGGACUACAACCAGCUUCAAAGUCAGCUGAAAUAAUCUUUAACUUGAAUAAUUCACCACCAGCUUCUAGGGCCAAGAGUGCUAUUCAAAAGAACAGAAGAUUGUCUCUUGAGGAAAGCAUUCUUGUUAACCACAUGGCACAAAUUCGGCCUUCUGAAACAACAUCACAUGGGGGCUCCUUAGAUUUGCAAAAGAAGAUUUCACCACCAUUAAAGAGACCAUCCGCAUCAGUUGAUUUUGACAGCUCUGGUGCAAAGAGCAAUGGUACUAUUGAUCUUUUUGGCUUGCUUGAUAAUAAACAGGAUUUCUCAACUACAACUCCUCCAAGCUGGACAACAUUUGAUUGAGAAGGCUUGUGAGGUUUUUGUUCAUAGAUUGUUGAGCUAGCCCGUUGGAUAGAUGUCACAACAUUAUAGUUGCAGACGAUCUUGCAAUGUCGCAUGACCUUUGAGUUGCAUCGCCCUGGAUUAAGGACUAAUUUUUUAAUCAACACACACUGCAACAGGACAUAAAUUUGACACACAUUUGCACCACUUUGGCAUUGAUGUAUCAUACAGCCUGAGACCGUCCAUCAAAUGGUUUGAUAUGCAUUGUUGUUCCUAUUACUUCAUUCCUAUUACUAAUUGAGAUUAAGAAAAGGAUAAUUGGAAUAACAAUUAUUGUUCUUCUCUUCUUUCAGUGUCACUUCAAGAGUCUGCGACUGAAGAUGUUGUAAAUAAAAUAUG